GCUGUGUUGUGUUGAUGUCGCUCACUUUGUCUCCUCUGCGCACUCGCUCUGCCGGGCGGAGAACCGCAAAUAGCCCACCCGGGCGAUGACAUCGUAAAGCAACGCCAUGGAGCAAGAGCUGGAAGCUGUGUUUACGCUGAUGAAGAUGCUGGUGACCAAGCUGCACGUGCAAAAAACCGAGCUUUUCAUCGAGAAACUACUCGUUGCGCUGAAGGAGAAGUUUCAGGGCCAUUGGUACCCCGACAAUCCCAGCAAAGGGCAAGCGUACAGGUGCAUCCGAGUCAACCUGUCCAACAGUCAGGAUCCAGAACUCCUCUGGGCCUGUAAGGAGAGCGGCGUUCAGUUCUCUGAGCUGGGAUUGCCACCUGUACUCACCCUAUGGGUGGACCCUGGCGAGGUGGCCUGCAGGAUCGGAGAGGACAACCCUUGCUUCUCGGUGGCCCGGUUCUCCAGCAGCAGGAAAGCCGCCGACGACACGACCGACGACAGCGCGUCCUCGGGCAGCGACCCCUCGGGUAGCGACUCGGACUCUUCAUCCGGGGACGACGGGCCGGACUCGUGGGCCCUUCCCGUUUCAGCCAGACGCUGCGCUGCCAUGAAUGCAUCUCCUCUUCGGCUUCCCUCCUGGUACGCUAAGGCCUUGCUACCAGGGAAAAGUCACAUCCUGCCUCGAGCUCACUAGGGCUUCGCAAGCCUCGCACCGGAGGCCUGGACCAUUGUUUCACUCUUGCUUUCUGUUGUUUUUCACGUCAGCAAUGUACAUUUCCGCGUCGUGCUGCCAAAGCUGCGUGACAAUAAUUGACCCCAGAAGAACAACUUUGAAAGGAGUGUGUAAAAAAAAAAAAAAAAAAAAAAAUUGUUUAUGCACGAGGAAAAGUAUUUGUUCCUCUGACUGCCGCGUCACGGCAGCGGUGUGACCGGACACCUCGCAGGUGUUUGGCUAUAUUUAUGAAAAAGUCAUAUAUGGAACUGUGAGGCAUGACGCCCAGGGAUCCAGUUACUGGCUCUGGGGCUGAGUCCAAGCACAUGAUCGAUCAGACCUAUUAAUAAAAUGAAAUCGGCAUAUGGAUUUGUCUUACUGUCUGCGUUUUGUAGUUGAGUGCGUAAAAUGUCUGAGGGUUCUUUCCAGUUCCC